CUGACGCUUACAAGCAUGAGGAAGUUUAGUUGUCAGUCUUUCUCGUUCAGGGAGGAGGCAAGGCAGCACACAAUGGCAUCCAGUAGCACCAAACGUCAUCUUUCAAACCGAGGCCCUUCCCUCCUGCUGCUGGCUCUGGUUUGCACUGUGACCUUUUCUCUCACAGAGAGUGCAGAACCCAUUCCACUCAGAGGGGAGGUUGGUGGAAAUGUGACCUUUCAAUGCCCCGUUGAUAAUCACAGGACAAUUAGUUUCUUCUACUUUCAACAUGGUGAUCUUUUCCUGAACGGCUACCAUGCAAAAAAAGAAAUCGAUUCGCCUAUGUGGGAGAACACAAGAUUGGAUCGCAACAGGACACAUGUGCACAUGUGCAGGUUGAACAUCUCGCACACUGGGAUGUAUAAAUGCAUCAUUCAGUACAAUGACCAUAGCAUCACUGAAAGUGUCAUCCAACUCACUGUCACAGCCUCCUACAGCAAACCCAAUGUAACACAAUCCUGUGAUGGUGUCCGUUGUUUUGUGACGUGUGCUUUCUACGGCGGGUACCCAGGCAGAAAGGUGGCGUGGGAAGUACAUGGUUCCAGAAAUACCAACAGUCAGCUGUGGAACGUUGAAAACAACACUCAGGUGCCCAGUCCAAGCACGAUGUUGGUAAACAGCACCAGCACUGUGUACUUCAACUGCUCCCACGGAGAGAUGGGGAAUCUCAGCUGCUCUGUGGGCAACGUUACCUCCAACUGGUUCUCAGUGUGUGAGUACAGACAGGGUAAACCCGACGUUAAGCCUACCCCUAACAGUCCUAUCAAAACAAUAGCAGCUGCUGUCUGUGCAGGGUUAUGCUUACUGUUGGUAGGAGUUUUGGCACAGUUUUGUCGACGCAAGAAAAGACAAACAGGACAAGAUGGGGUAGAAAAUGGAAAUAAGGAGGAGUUAAAUGACCUCAACAAAGGAGGGAAAGAAGCAUUUUGAGAUCGAAGGAAGAAGAAGAAGUUGAUCCAGUAGAUGGCGGUAAUGCACCUGGACGAUUGCUGCCACCUGCCAAUAAACCGGUACAAGAAGAAGAAGUAUAUCACUGUAUGUCUUUUUUUUUUUAUGGAGCAAAGACAUCAUCUCAGAAUCUAAUGCUGAAACGUUCAUUCACAUUUGUGGCUGAUUGUCUACAUACCAGCCAGAAAUAACCAGUGGCUACUAGUCAGUGGCUGAAGGGAACUGGACCAGGGAAGUAUUCAUAAGCAGUGUCAUUUUACUGGUGAAAGAAUGUGUGUCAUUCAACUUAGAAUAGCUCAGUUCCCAAAAAAAGACUUUUAUAAUGUGUGCGUGGUGAGAUUACUGAUACAGUCUUUGAAGGAUACACUUCCCAGCAAUGUAAGCAGUUCAAUUUAAAGCAGUAGAGUGUGUUCAUCUUUUUUAUUUAUUUUUUCAUUUUCGGGUAUAGAAUUGUUGUUACAGUAGAAAAAUCGUACUCCUGCUAAGCUACUACCUGUUUAUUUUUUUACGAGUAUCAAUUCCCUCAUUUGUUUUUACUCUUUCAUUUGCUUUGUCCAUCAGAAAUGAUUUGUAGCUAAACCUGUGAAACAAAUGUAUUAUUCCACAGAAGGUGAAUACCAGAAAACUCUUUGCACAUUAAUUUAUUUUCUGCACUUUGGUUCAGUUUAAAGUUUUCUGUGGUGCAGUAAAUGCUAAAUGGUUCGUAUUAUAGCGCUUUUCUAGUCUUGAUGACCACUCAAAGCGCAGUAGAUUCCAGUACUGCAGAAUUCCUAUUUAAAGUGCAAUGCUUAAUAUAAAUUAAAUUACCGUAGCCCUCAUUAUUUAAAUUACGGUCUAUUCCCAAACUCAACUAUUUUUCUCAGGCGAUUGUUUUCAUGUGAUUUAUUUUAUUUAAUAUUGAAGAAAGAAUUACAGAUGUGCUUUUUCCAAUAUUUAUUUCCUUUACACACUGUUUUGAGACAUGACCAUUUUUGUUAAUCCCCCUUCCUACGAAUACUGACUGGUCUCAAAUGGUUGCUCUCAUUUCUCAAAUCUGUACAAAGCACUUUUCUCUGGAGGCUGUUGUGACUUUGUUUUGCAUGUUGUUAUUUUAUUGAUAAAAUUGUAUAUACAUUGAAAUGCAAAAUAUAAUAAAACUCUGUAAUAUAAUGUU